AUGAGUGCUGAGGCCAGAGAUCCAGGGGACCAUGGGGAUGAGAAGCCCAGGCUGAAGCUGGAAGCUGUGAUCCAGAAACUAGAAGACACAGUCCUGAGCCCAGAGGCCAAAAGAGAAGACAGAACCCUGACGGUCCAGGGCGAGGGCGGACAGACCACACCUACACCUGUGCCCGCCAGGAUUCGGCAGAUUGUUACUGGCAGUCUGGUGGAGGACCCCCUCCAAGGCCUCCGGGAAGCGCCUUCUGGAGUCAGCCUGCAGGAAGAAAAUCAGCUCUUGCAGGAUGAGCUGUCGAGGCUCGAGGACCUCUUGGCCCAGACCCGGGCUGAAAGGGAUGAGUUUGCCAGCAAACACCAUGCGGUCAGCGAGAGGCUGGACAGGGCACUGAGUGUGGAAGCUGGACAGCGGGAGGGAGAGAGCAGUCCCACAAUCUGGGAAAUGAAGCGCAGACUGGAGGGGGCCGAGAGGGCCAGCCAACGCAAGCUCCAGGCCUACCAGGAGGGGCAGCAGCGACAGGCCCAGCUGGUCCAGAGGCUGCAGAGCAAGGUGUUGCAGUACAAACAGAAAUGUGGGGAGUUGGAACAGCGACUGAUGGAGAGAACGUCCGAAUGUGAGCACCAGAAGAUGAUGAUGCAGACAAGGCUCCAGUCUGCAGAACAGCGGCUCCGCCAGUCAGAACAUGAGUACAGCUCAGAUUUGGAUGAAGCCCUUACUCGACUGGAAGAAGAAGAACAGAGGAGCUCGAGCCUUUCCCAAGUGAAUGCUCUUCUCCGAGAACAGCUAGAGCACAUGAAAAACUCCAAUCAGAGGCUGGCUGAGGAGCAGGAGAAGAUGGCCAGCAGCAUGAGCAGGCUGAGGGAGGAGCUGGAGCAGAAAGAACUCUGCUGGUGGAAGGAGAAAGAGAGCUCUGAGGCACUCUUACGGAAAGAACCAAGAGGGAUCCUAGUCCUAUGGAGACACGCCGUCGUCCUCCGGAGCAACUUUGCAGAACUCCAAGCAGCCACUGAGAGAGGUCUAACAGAUAUGAAGUCGGACCUAGCCAGGACGGCACGCCGACUGCAAACUGCCUGUCUCAAUCUCGACUCCAACCUGAGACUGUCUGACAGCCAUGCGCUUUCCUCCAUGGAGAAGCAGGCCCGCUACAGCACCCAGCUGGAGCAGCAGCUUCUGGACAAGGUGCGAGAGAUGAUCCAGCUUCAGAGCCGCUGGGACGCCGAGAAAGUGGAGCUCCACUCCAGGCUCACGGAGCUGACUCAGCUAAGAGAAAGGCUCCAGGAACAAAAUGCUAAGAAAGAGAAGGUCAUAUCUUCCCUAAAACUGGACAUUCAGAAGCUGGAAUCCAGCCAAACUGGAGGUCUCCUGGAGGCGGAGGACUUGAAGGAGCAAGUGAAAUCUUUACAGCGUGUUUUAAAUCACAUCACGAAGUUAGUUCUAGCCGAAUCUGAGUGUGUAGGCCUUCCCUCAGCAGAGAACCAAAAGAGCGGAGGGCAGGAAGAUCGUGGAAGACAGCCAUCCCCUGCGCACUCGGGUUCCCCUCCUCCACAGCAGGCAUCCCUGGCCCAGCCCUACUCCCCGCUACACCAGGAUGCAGCUCUGCAGACCAUCCAGGCAGCCCUGCAAAAGAGGAGCCAACAGGAACAGGAGCUGUGGCUGCAGCUGGAGUCCUCUCAGGCCACUGUGACAAUGCUCCAGAAACAGCUGGCUGACCAUCAGAAGGAGGUCCAGGCCACAGAGUGGCAACUCCAGGAGCUGAGACAAGAACGAGAAAAACUGCUGGUCAGGCUGGAGGACCAGAGGCGAGACCUGGAAUGCUGCAAAGCCUCUGAAGAGAUGUUGGGAAGGGAAAAGGAGACCUUGGAGACCAGGAUGCAGGACUUGACCCAAAAGGCGGAUCGUUCCUCCCUGGAAAUAGAAAGGCUCAAAGCCACCAACACGGAGCUGCAAAGGCAUCAGAGUCUCUUGGAGAAGCAACGAGAGGAAAUGUCAAGAAAGGAGGAGAGGAGUCAGAAGGAAUUGGAAACAGGCCAGAGGAGCCAGAAGCAAUUAGAGGAGAAGAUGUCAGGCCUGAAGGAAGAGCUGGUGAUGGUGAAGGAGUCCCUGAACCAGGCAGUCCUGGAGAAGGAAGUCCUGGAGAGCCAGAAGGAGGGCCUUCGCCGCUCCCUCACCCAAGCAGAGGCCAGCAGCACCCAACUCGAGUCACAAAUAACCAAGAUGAGAGCUGAUGACACAGAACGAAGGGACACAUUGGUCAAGAUGGCAGCCCUGACAGAAAGCCUGGCUCAAGACAAGGUCAACCUGAACCGGAUGAUCCUACAGCUGGAACAGGAGAAGAACCAGUGGCUAGACCAGCAGUGGCAGCUAGAACAAGAGGUGAGCCGCCUUCAAGAUCAGCUUGCUCAUCUGGGCCAGGAGCUGGACCACAUCCAAAGGGAGAAGCAGGGACUGGAUCAAACCUUGCAGACGGCAGAGGAGGAAAGAGGGAACCUGGAGGAAGACAUGAUGUUGCUUCAGAGAGAGAAAGCCCAGCUGCAUGAGCGUCUCAUGCAGGUAAGCUGUCAGAAGCACACUUUGGAAGGGCAACUAGACCACAACCAGCAAGAGAUAAAAAUGCAAGCUGACUCUCUCCAGCAAACAAUACUAGAAAAAGAAGAGAUGGCUAAAGAGAAAACAAGACUUGUGUUGGAACACACAUCCUUGGAAAGACAGAAUCGAGUCCUGGUGGAGGAGAGGGCUGCUCUCAGGGCUGAGAAGGAGUCCCUGGACAGCAGCCUCUUCUCGACCCAGCAGCGGGUGGGUCAGCUGGAAGCCCAGAAGGAGCGGCUGGAAGAGGAGCAGCAGAGGCUUCGCCUGGAAAAGCAGGCGCUCCAAGUGGAAGUGGAGAGGACCCAGAAUGAACUGGAGGCUCUAGACACCAAGAUGAAGCAGGAGGCAGAACGGCUUGAGCAGCAGAUGGCUCAGCUUGAAGAGGACACUCAGCUUUCCCUCAGGAACCAGGCGCUGGCCCACGGGGAAGAUGUGGGACGCCUGAGAAAAGAGAAGGAGAGUCUGCGUCUGGCAUUGACUGAAGAGAAAGAGAUAACCAUAAACCAUCUUAAGCAAGAGAAAGAAGACUUGCUUUCAAAAUAUGAAACUGAGCGAGAAAAUCUCAAUGAAGAAAUACUCAGCCUGAAACGGGAGCGAGACGAAAGCCUUCUCCAAAUGGAACACGAGAAGCAGAAGGCCUUAUCUCUAAAGGAAACUGAGAAAAAUAUAUUGUAUGAAGAGCUCAUUGAAGCCCAUCGAGAACUGGAGGAGGCCAAGCUGGAGACUGACCGUGUGAAACAGCAAGCACUGAGCCAGCAGGAGAAAGACAAGGACGCAGUAGCCAGCAUCAGCAGAGAGCUGAAGGACUUCCAGGCCCAGUUUGAAGCCUCCAUGGCUACCCACCAGGAAGAGGCCAAGGCCUUGAAUGAGCGCAUAAAGGAACUAGUCAGAGAAAAUAGCACUGUGGGCAAAGAGGCUGAAGAGUUGAGGGCUCAAGUCCUCCGGGCGGAGGAAGGUCAGGAAAGGAUCCGCAGGGAGAUGGCCGAGCUACAGCGCGCGCUUCAGGAGGCCGAAGGGGCCCGAGACCUCGAGCGCAAAGAAACCAUGGCGGUCCGCCGAGCCCUGGGCGAUGAGACCCGAGAAAAGGACAUGCUGCAGCAAUCCAACCAAGAGCUUCGCCAAGCCAUCAAGAAAGUGGAGAACGAAAAGCUCAGUUUAAAGAGGGCCAAAGAGGAGAAGGAACAGAAGCUCAUCAUCUUGGAGGAGGCCAAAGCCUCAGUCCAGAAAGAGGCUGGGGAGCUCAGAGCGACCCUCCGCAAGGUGGAGACCUCCAGAAUGGAGUCCCGGCGAGAGCUCCAGGAACUUUGGAGACAGGUAAAGACCAUGAAGGGUGAGAAUGAGAAGAAAUGCAAGGAAGUGAGUGACCUGCAGGCCAGAGUCAUGCGAGAGGAGCAGCUGGUGCAGAAGGGCUGGAGAGAAUCUGCGCAACUGCAGAAGAAGAUUGUGGAGACUGAGGCCAGCUGGGAAUGUGCUCAAAAGGAGAUCCUCAGCCUGCAAAGAAAACUGGCAGAUACAGAGUCAGGAAUCCAGGUCCGGGAGAAGGAGCUGAUGGAGAGCCUACAGGAAUGCCGUGGGAAUGAGCAGAAACUCAGCGAUGAGCUCCGUAACCUGGAGAUGAAGCUGAAGCAGGUUUGCGGAGAGGCCAAGAGCUCCCAGAUGCGCCUGAGCACAGCCAACGAUCACAUCCACAGCCUGGAACGGGAGCUGGAGCAGGUUGAACAUGCCAGGAGAGAAACCGAGGCCGCGCUGAGUCGGCUGCAUUCAGCACUGCGCCGGGGACUGGGCCUCUGCCCCCCACCGGGAAGAGCCCCCUCCCCAGCCAAAGGGUUCGAGAGCUCCUCAGUGGCAGAUGGACAACAGACUCCAGCCUCUCGGCCUGGAUCCCCAGAGAGGAGCCAGGCCCAUUCGCCACUCAGGUGGCCCUCUCCCUCACGAGGAGGCUUCAGCCCCACAGAGAUCGAUGUUGGAGUUGUUCGGGAAGCCUUGCGGGACCUUCAGCAGAACAUCCGAGAUACGCAAAGAGAGAGGGAUGACUCCCAGAUCCAGGUAGUGAACCUGAACUGUCAGCUGAACGAAUUGAAGGCUGACCUUGACCAGAGCAAAACUCGAAUUCUGCAGCUGCAAAAGUCUCUGGCAGAUGCUGAGGAAGGCAAGAGAGGGGCCAACGGGCGCCUCAACAGCGCUCAAGCUGCCUUGAUGCUGCAAGAGGAGACCAUCCGGCAGGUGGAAAGGGAGCGUCAGGAGUGCUCAGAGCAGGUGUCAGUGCUGGAACACAGCCUCCACACCAGUGAGGAAGAGAAAAGAAGCCUGCAGGAGAAGGUCAGCAGACUGAAGGCCAAAGAGGCUAAGCUGGACUCAGAAAAAUGGAAACUCAAGGAAGCCCUGGAGGCCUCCGAGUGCCGGGCCACCAAGCUGGAGCUGAGUCACCAGACCACCCAAGAGCAUCUUCAGCGGGCCCAGAGUAGUCUGAGCACCCGGGAAGUAGAGGUCCAGGCCUACCGGGAGCAGGUGCAGGGCCUCGGGGCCCAGCUGGAGGAGAGCACGGCCAGACUGGCCUCCCGGCAGCAGGAGGUCAACCAUCUGAGGCACGAGCUGGCCAGGACCGAGGAGGCAGAGAGGCACCUCGAGGAGCGUGUGCAGAGCCUCACCCAGGCCCUGGCGAAUGCUACCAGUGGUUCCUGCAGCCUCCAGGAGGAUGUGGCCCAGCUCCACAAGGCACUGGCAGCUGCCGAACGCGACCGGCGGCUGCUUCAGGAGCAUCUGGACUCUGCCCGCCAGGCUCUGUGUGACAGCAAGAGACACAGCCAUAGCCUGGCAGAAAGAGGGAAGCGCCUGGAGAGCCAGCUGGCCCAGCUGGAGAUGAGGUGCCAGGACCUGGAAGGGCAGCUGGAGCAUCUGCAGGAGAUUGUGCACAGACAGCGACAAAGCAAGGAGGAGGCCAUAGCCUCGGCCCAGAAGUUCCAGAGGGAGAAUCACGCCCUGAAAGAGAAAAUCUCCACUUUGCAGAGAGCUCUGAGUCGCCUGGAGAGAGAGCACAAGGAGAUGGAGCGGUCUGCUGUGCGGCUGGAGAAGCACAACUAUGCUCUGAAGAGAACCCUCCAUAAGGUCUCAAGGAAAGCAGAGACUGGAAGAAGCCUAUGAGACAAGAUCUAGGUCAGAGCCCACGUAAUUAAGUGGCCCAGGCUGCCAAGGAGCAUAGGACGGAGCCAGGGCAGGGUGGCCAUUCAGGGCCAACGGGACUUCAGCAGCUGUUAUCUCGUGGGACUGAAGUUUACAGGCUCCUCAAAAAGGAGGUGUUGUCCCCAAUAUACAAAUGAGGAAACCGAGGUUCAGAGAAGCCAGAUUUUCUGGCUCCUGAUCUGUCCUUUCUCUUUAGAGGAAAAGAUGUCACAGAAUCGGAUUGUAGAAAGAGCGCUGGGCUUGGAGUCAGGAAGACCCGAGUUCCAAUUCUGCCUGAUCCCUCCAGCCAUAUGGCCCUGAGUUUUCUCAGCUAUCAAGUGGAGACAAUAAUACCUGUAGCACCUACCUCACAGGGUUGUUGUGAGGCUCACCUGAGAUACUGUCUGUCAAAUGUGCCAUAAAAUCCA